AAAGCCCUAGUGCACUGUAACCGACACUGGGCAGAACGCAAAACCCUAAAACCCCAUCUUCACCUCUUUACCACCUUAACGAAAUUUCGCUAACAGUUGUUGUAAAUUGCUUCUUAUGUUACCAAGUCCGGCCUCGCCUCUUCGCCAACCAUCCCACUCCUCUCGCACUCCAUGUGAGGUCGAAUCGUCUUCAUAGAAUGCCCCCUCUGCGUCACCCUUUGCUAUGCAAUAUUCUCCAUUCCACCGUCCUCAUGCGCAGCUCUUGUCAUCUACUUGAGGAGAUUUCAGGCUGCUCUGCGGCUGUUCCCGGUUUCUCUUUCCGCUUCCUCCAUCGCCGCGCAAACCCAUUCGGAAACAACUCUAGGAUUAUCGUGCGUUCCCUUAAAUACUCCGGCUUUUGUUGUUGUAGACAGCUUUCUUCCUCCCGACCCUUUUUUAUGGAAUCUCAUGAAGCCGAGGGAGCCGUUGAUAAGAAACUCAAAAGGUUGCAUGAGAAAUUGGGGGAAUUAGGUGUCGAGUGUGAUCCCAAUCGAGCUGGGCAGUAUACGCACAGUACAUGUCCACAGUGUGGUGGAGGGGAUUCAAAAGAGAAAAGCUUUUCUCUUUUUAUUCGUGAAGAUGGGAAGAUUGCCUUGUGGUCUUGCUUCAGAGCAAAAUGCGGUUGGAAGGGCUGCGUGAAGACAUCUGAGAACGAAGAGAAAUAUAUUGUUCUACACAGCUUUGGUUCUGAAACUUCAGACGGAUCCUUGAUGCGCAAGAAGUAUAGAACAAUCUCAGAAGAGGAUCUUCACUUAGAACCUUUGUGUCCAGAGCUUGUUGCCUACUUCAAUGCAAGAUGCAUAUCUAUUGAGACAUUACAGAGAAAUGUUGUGAUGCAGCGGGUGUGGGGUGAUGAGAUUGUAAUUGCCUUUACUUACAGACGGAAUGGAAAACUCGUCAGCUGUAACUAUUUCGAUGUUGAGAAAAAUUUUUGGCAGGAGAAGGACACUGAAAGAAUAUUUUUUGGACUCGAUGACUUACUACCUGAAAAUGAGAUUAUCAUUGUUGACAGUGAAUUUGAUAAACUUUCGGUGGAGGAGGCUGGCUACUGUAACUGUAUAAGUGUGCCAAAUGGGAAAGCAUCAAAGUUUGCUGAUGACUUACACGGUGAACAUGAGGAUGUAAGCUUUCAUUACCUAUGGAAAUGCAAGGAAUAUUUUGAAAAGGUGCCUCGUAUAAUACUAGCAACAAAUGGUGAUGGCCUUGGGCAGGCACUAGCUGAAGAAUUAGCUCGUCGCCUUGGUAAAGAAAGAUGCUGGAGGGUCAAGUGGCCAAAAAAAAGUGCUACUGAGAUUUGCAAAGAUGCUAAUGAGGUGCUGAACAUUUUUGGAGAACAUGUGCUGAAGGAAGUUAUAGAGAAAGCUGAAAUGUUUCCCAUACGGGGUUUAUUAAACUUUAGCAACUAUUUCACAGAGAUCACUGAUUAUUAUAAUUGCAUUCAAGGAUUUGAAUUGGGUGUGUCAACAGGUUGGAGAGCUCUGGAUGAUUUGUAUAAUAUUGUGCCUGGAGAAUUGACUGUCAUAACAGGAGUUCCUAAUUCUGGCAAGAGUGAGUGGAUUGAUGCCUUAUUGUGCAAUAUCAAUGAAAGUUUUGGUUGGACAUUUGCUCUCUGCUCCAUGGAGAACAAGGUUGAAGAUCAUGCUAGAAAGCUUUUGGAAAAACAUAUUAAGAAGCCAUUCUUUAAAAUGAGAAAUGAAAGAUCUGUUGAACGAAUGAGCCUUCUAGAGUUGGAACAAGGGAAAAAGUGGCUUAAUGAUACAUUUCAUAUUAUCCGAUGUGAUGAUGAUUCUAUUCCCUCAAUUAAUUGGGUCCUUACGCUAGCCAAAGCUGCAGUUUUAAGACAUGGGGUCCGUGGACUCGUCAUUGAUCCAUAUAAUGAGUUGGAUCACCAGCGUUUUUCUAGUCAGACGGAAACAGAAUAUGUUAGUCGAAUGCUCACGAUGAUCAAGCGAUUCGCCCAUCAUCAUUCCUGUCAUGUCUGGUUUGUAGCUCAUCCAAAACAGCUUCAAAACUGGGGAGGCAAUCCACCAAAUCUGUAUGAUAUCAGUGGCAGCGCACAUUUCAUAAAUAAAUGUGACAAUGGCAUUGUUAUUCAUCGGGAUCGAGUUGAAAAUGGACCUGAUAAUCGCGUGCGUGUAUCUGUGAGGAAAGUAAGAAACAAAGUAAUUGGGCGUGUUGGGGAUGCUCAAUUGGCAUAUGAUCGGGUGACUGGGUUGUUUCAUGACAUUGACGAGCCUUCCAAUUUUCUUGGCCGUUGACGACGCUGUGAAUGAAAAUGUGAGUUUUGUCUGUAAUACAUUGUUUUAGUAAGGUUGUAAAUGAGUUGAGUUUGGCUAAACUUUGACUCGAGCUCGAGUUCAAUUCCACGAGUUUGAGGUGGCUGAGGAGCAGUGUUGUUUAUUAUAAGAGUAAGGGUCUGAUUGGCGCAACUGCAUCUUAUUAAAAAACUGCUACGGCGAAGCUGUUUGUUUGUGUUUUUGUAUAGUUUUACAACAGUUGUUGUUUUUGAACAAAUGACUUUCAUGCCUUUGUACUAUAUUAUUGUUUAUAGCAGAA